AAUCGAUAGUUUCAUAACAUGUAGCAUUCCAUGGAAUCUCUACGAUCCAUCGACGUACAUAUUGUGGUAACAAUACAAACUGCACCGAGAUAUGGUAUCGGUGGUAUGUGACAAGACAUAUAUUUUGAUCGUAACGGUCAUACCUACAUAAAAUAUAUCAAAUAUUGUAUCAAAAUGGCGGAUAAGAAGAAAGGGGCAAAAAAGGAAGAGAAGGGCUCUGAGACGAGCGCGUUUAUGAAAGAUUUCCUCGCGGGUGGAAUAUCAGCCGCGGUGUCAAAGACUGCUGUGGCGCCGAUCGAGCGAGUCAAGCUAAUUCUGCAGGUUCAGCAUGUGUCCAAACAGAUUGCAGAAGAUAAACGAUACAAAGGUAUUGUGGAUGCGUUCAUCCGCAUACCAAAGGAGCAAGGUAUCGGCUCACUCUGGCGAGGGAAUCUGGCCAACGUAAUUCGCUAUUUUCCGACACAAGCCCUCAACUUUGCCUUCAAAGACGUGUAUAAAUCAAUAUUUUGAGGGGUGAAUAAGAACACUCAAUUCUGGACGUACUUUGCCGGUAACUUGGCAUCGGGAGGAGCAGCCGGCGCCACUUCUUUGUGCUUUGUAUAUCCAUUGGAUUUUGCACGAACCAGGUUAGCCGCGGAUGUCGGGAAAGGCAAGGAGAAGCUGUACAGUGGUUUGAUGGACUGCUUGUUUAAGACAAUAAAGUCGGACGGGCCCAUCGGUCUAUACCGCGGGUUCAUAGUGUCCGUGCAGGGCAUCGUCAUCUACCGCGCGACCUAUUUCGGCUUUUACGAUACAGCCCGCGGCAUGCUACCGGAUCCUAAGAACACGUCCCUGUUUAUUACUUGGUUGAUUGCGCAGACGGUGACGACAGUGGCUGGUAUCGCGUCGUAUCCCCUGGACACAGUGCGGCGGCGAAUGAUGAUGCAAUCGGGCUUGCCGGCCAAUGAGCGCCUGUACAAGAACACGGCUCACUGCUGGGUCAAGAUCCUUAAGGAUGAAGGCGCCGGUGCUUUCUUCAAAGGCGCCUUCUCGAACGUUCUCCGAGGUACAGGAGGCGCAUUUGUCCUCGUCCUUACGACGAAAUUAAAAAGUCCUGUAAUGCGAGUGAUGUUACAAUAGAUGACGUGAUUAUUCGCAACGGUUCAUGCGUCGGGUGAUCUGGAAAAUUUCAUAGCGUGUUAUUGUUUUCCGUUUACAUAUUUGUAAGGUUACAUUGUAGUGGUUUUGUUACGUUUAGUUGUAAUACAUUUUCCAUUUGCA